AUGACUGAUUACCCAGAUGUUGUAUCUGAAACGUACGCUCGAGAAGUAGAAAUCGCCCCAAAUGUAUCCCUUGAUGGAGGUGCCAUUGAGCCUGGGAUGAAGACGUUAGAAUUUGAAGCACCUAAGCUAUGCCACAUGGUUAAACCUCCUAUCAACACAUCUUGGCCUCGCUCCGAUAGGGUUACUAAAAUUUAUGGUGCCAGAGUCAAAUUUCGAUUUUGCCAGCAGAGAACAUACUGUAAAUAUCACCACGAGAGGAUAUACCUAUCCUCAGAAGCCCAACACCCGCUCAACAGAGUCAAAUUUCGACCUUGCCAGCAGAAAAUAUACUGUAAAUAUCGCCACGAAAAGAUAUACCUAUCCUCAGAAGCCCAACACGCGCUCAUGUAUCCUCCACCUCCACCUCGAAAGAGGCAAAUGCUGGUUUCAAGUGCGCGUCACUUGAUUGGCGAUGUCACUGAAGCUAAUAACAGGUUAGAAUGA